GUCGGCUGCUUGGGCUGGGAAAACACACUGAGACAACGUGGUUUUACAGCAAAGGUCGAGCAGGUUUGAGUGAAUGCCGACAUGGAGAGGAAAAAGAUUGAGUAUUUGGUCGUUGACACCGGUGCUUUUCUGAAAAACGCUUCGAUUCAGGAUCUUGGUGAGAAUGUUGUCACAUGUCAGGAGGUAGUUAAUGAAGUGACAAACAGCAGACAACUCCGUCGACUUGUAGUUCUACCUUUUGAGCUUCAAGUCAAGGAAGUGUUUCCUGAAAAUGUGCAAUUUGUCACCGAGUUUGCAAAGAAAACGGGAGACUAUCCAAGUUUGUCAGCUACUGAUAUAAAGGUCAUAGCUCUGACAUACCAACUCGAAAAGGAGAAAGUGGGUACUGACCACCUAAAGAAAGCACCUGAGGCACAGCGCACAAUUACAUUCCAAAACCGACCCGUCGUUGAUCCCAAAGACGUUGCUGGAUUUUAUAUUCCUUCCAAGGGAAUGGAUGGUGAAAACAUUGAAGGUGAUGAAGAAUCUACAUGUACUCUGAGUGAAAAGCUUUCUGGUUUGGACUGCAAAGAUAGUUCCAGUGAAGUUGAGAAGACCAAUGCUGCAGAUUCGACAACUGUUCCAGAAAACAUUGCAGUAUAUGAUGAUGAAGAGGAUGAGGAGGAAGAUAAUAGCUGUAUUGACAAUGAAAAUGAUGAAAAAAAUGAACUAAAUGAGCAACAGGUUGUAGAGGAUAUAGACCCAACAACAGUGCUUGUUAAAGUAGAAAAUACUUCAUCCCCAUUACAAACCAACAACAGCAGUGAAGAGGAAGCUAUUGAAAGUGAAGAGGAAGAUGAGGAAAACUCCGAUAAUUGUGAUGAUGAUAGCGAUGAAGGUGGAUGGAUCACUCCUAACAACAUUAACCAAGCCAAGAAGCAGAUGAAUGCCCAGUUUGAGGAGGAAAAAGAUGUAACAGUUGCCUGUAUAACAACUGAUUUUGCCAUGCAGAACGUGUUGAAGCAAAUUGGUCUACAUGUGUCAUCAGUCGAUGGGUUUGUCAUAAAACAACUACGUACUUUUAUCCUUCGGUGCUAUGCUUGCUUUAAGACAACUAGUAUCAUGACUAAAGCAUUUUGUCCCCACUGUGGUCAUAAAACGCUUAAGCGUGUGGCAGUAUCUGUUGAACCAGAUGGUUCUCAAAAAAUACAUAUAAAUUUGAAGAAACCUCUUACAACCAAAGGAAAAGGGAGUUCAAUUCCUACUUGGCAAGGGGGGAAACAUGCAAACAAUCCAAUAAUCUUUGCUGACCAACCAAUGCCUGAUCAAAGGCCAUCCCGCAUAGCUCGUACCAAGACAAACAUACUAGAUGUUGAUUACAUUCCAGGGUACUCACCUUUUGCUAUGCGUGACACUACUUCAAAAUCUGCAAUGCUUGGCAUUCGAGGAAAUCAGGAUGUAAAACAUUGGAUGAGGAGGAAUCCCAAUGCCAAGAAGAAGAAGUGAACUUUCAUAUACUCAUCUGUAAAUUCAUAAGCUUAUAAUUUAAACUGAUUUGUAUUUUGUUAAUUUAAUUAUAUUGUUAAUGAAGACUUAA